AUGACAAGUAAGACGCAACAAGAGGAGCAAAAGCCUCACCACGUGGGCUUAGAUGAGCUUCAUGAAGAACUGGAUACAACGCCUGUGCACGCUGCAGCUCGCGAUGGAUGUGUCGAGGAUUUGCGUGACAUUCUGCUGGCCGAUCCCACUCAGAUUAUGGCACUCGACAAGUACGGGCUAACACCUUUGCAUUGGACGUGUGAUCGCGGAGAGGCUGCAGCGGCUCGCUUACUAUUACAACACGGUGCAGAUGUCAAUGCCGUAGAGAAGCGUAUGUUCAAGCGGCGACCGCUUCAUUUUGCCGUCCUGGCGAGCUCUCAGGCAACGGUCCUCGAACUAUUAGCGUACCAUGCUGAUGUGCUGGUUGUGGAUUACCGUGGGUGGGCGCCAAUUCACGGUGCGGCUUAUAGUGGAGAUGUGGGUGUGCUGACGGCGCUGCUAGAUGCUGGAGCAAGUGCUACCACUCAGUUAACGAGACGACGCGAGACGGCGCUGCAUAUUGCCGCUAGUCGAGGAAACGUCGAGGCCGUUCGACUGCUGGUAAAGCGCCAUCUGGAUGAUAGGAGCUUAGUAGAGAUGAAGGAUGACGAGGGCUUUACAGCGUCGCAUGUGGCCGUUCGUAAUGGAUUCGAAGCUGUUGCGUGUCUGCUUGGUAUGUAG